GCAAGUUGACUGCUGCUCAGGCUGUAACGCUUUAAGGCACACCUCCUACCCGGAGCGGCAACCUGCGAGGCGCAUGGUGGAGAGCUGUUCCUGCAGUGCUGUGCCUUUGGUUUAAUUGCAGACGGGCAAUUCUGACAGGACAAUGGGGUACUUGGAUAUGUUUUGCCACCCUGUGUGGGCCAUUUCUACGGCACUGCUGACGGUGUUUGUGCGCAUACAGCGGAAUUACGCACGCUGGAAUCCGCGAACCUGCGAGGUGCGGCUGACAGGGAAGACUGCUAUAGUGACUGGAGCCAAUACGGGCAUUGGGAAGUUUAUUGCCCUGGACUUUGCUCGCCGUGGGGCCCGUGUGAUCCUUGCUUGUCGGAGUGAAGUCCGGGGCACAGAAGCACUUAACGAAAUCCGGGAGAAAACAGGAAACUCUGAUGUACAUCUGCGUCUGGUUGACCUCUCCUCUCUGGAUUCUGUCAGAGCAUUUGCUAAGAGGAUUUUAGAGGAAGAGAACGCUCUCCACAUCCUUGUCAACAAUGCAGGAGUAUCAGGUUUGCCAAGGCAGAUAACCAAAGAUGGGUUGGAGGCUUCUUUUGCCACCAACCAUCUGGGACCAUUUCUUCUCACCAACCUGCUGCUAGACCUGAUAAAGCGUUCAGCUCCAGCCCGUAUUGUGACCGUCAGCUCUGUUAACCAUAAGAGGGGUAAAGUGGACUUUUCUCACUUCCGUGGCGAGAACCUCACUUAUUUCAUGGAUGAAGUCUACAACCACACUAAGCUGCACAAUAUCAUCUGCACCAACGAGCUAGCCCACAGGCUACAGGACACAGGUGUCACUGCAAACUCAGUCCACCCUGGUGUUGUCAUGACAGAAGUGAUGAGACACUAUCCGCUGUGGGUCCGUUGUAUUUUUAAUCUUGUCGGGUUUUUCUUUUUCAAGUCUUCAGAAGGAGGUGCAGUCAGCCCGAUCUACUGUGCAAUAGCAGAAGAACUAGAGGGGAUAACUGGCAGGUAUUUUGACAGCGACUGCUCCCUCGUUCUUCCUGCCCCUUUAGCUCGAGAUGCCGCCCUCGCUGUCAAGGAUUUCGAGGUCUGUGAGAGACUGACAUCAAAGCUCUGAAGCAGCCAUCUGAGAAGGGCUCAGUGUAUCAAGAGAGGUCAGGCAUAUGGGUUCUGUAAAGCGUCUUGAGACAAUUUGACUGUAAUUGGCGCUACAUAAAUAAAAUUGAAUUGAAUCUGGUGAGGUUUGAUAACAGACAGAAGGUCAAAUUCCACCCUCUUAUUGCACUUCUGACGUGCAUUUCUGAUGUAAUGUAUAGAGCUGUCUGUAUGACAAAAAGAGGAAUUAUAGUGAAGUUGCAGUAACCUCAACUGACAUGCAUAGUCUAUAAAAGACUAAAGUCCACAGGUUUCCAAUAAAUGGUACCUAACUGUGACCAUUUAAUGUACUGUGCCCUUUAUAAAGAAAUAAACAUUUACUACAAUGGAAAA